AGAUCCCCUCAGUGUCUCUGCUCCAGAAGUCCCCCUCCUCUCCAGUCAGCUGCCACGCUACAGGUUUCUACCCGGACAGAGCCCUCAUGUUCUGGACCAGAGACGGAGAGGAGCUUCACGAGAACGUGGACCACGGAGAGAUCCUGCCCAACCACGACGGAUCCUUCCAGAUGAGCGUGGACCUGGACGUCUCCUCAUUCCCCGCUGAACACUGGGGCAAGUACCGAUGUGUGUUCCAGCUCUCUGGGGUGGAGGAGGACCACGUCAUCGUACUGGACUCAGCUGUGAUCAGGACCAACAGAGGGAAUCCCCUCCUCCUCCUCUUCAUCAUCGGUGCUGUAGUGGCUGCUCUCGCUCUCCUCCUCGCUGGGAUUGGAUUCCUGGUUUACAGGAAGAGGAACGCCAAUAAAAACACUCCCUCUCCUGCCUCCAGCUCUGAGCUCACUGAGAGACUGAAUCAGCCGGCACAGUGAGGGGCUUCACAUCAACUCUCCACCUGUUGUUACAGAGCUCUUUAUCUGCUCUCAAACCUCUCCAGCUGCAGCAUUAGAGUUCAAAUCCUAUUUACAAACAGCACGUGCAGAAACACAACUUAAUAAAUAUUAGAAGUAACAUAGGUUCUAUUUACAUAAGAGUACUACAUGUAAGAUUACAAACCACUUGUCACCACCAGCACCAUAAAGUACAGCACGUGAAAAAUAUGACAGCUCCCUCCUCACCCAACUGGCUCACAGUCCUCAAAGACAGAAUGGAUACUCACACCCCCAAGAAAGACAGAGAAAAAAUGAGGAGACGAGUGGACAAGUACGUUAAAAAGUGGCAACAGGAAGGACUACUGAAUCCAUCAACAGAUGCCCCACCCCCACUUGAACAAAGAAAACAUCUGAUGAAGAUACUACAGAAUAGAGUAAACCUGGAAAAAAUUGUACCACCAGGAGAAGGAUGGAAAACCCGGAAGAGCAGAAACAAAAGAUUGGAGAAGGCCGAAAAAGAACAAAUAAUGGGAAAGAACAUAACAGUCGGAUUAGGAAGACUCCUGGUCGCUCACACAACAAUGUUUCCGGUCACCACCACAGAAGAAAAGGCCCCAUUAACCGACCCUAAUAGGGAUGAGCAACAAGCCCCAGAGACCUCAACGCCCACUGCCCAACUGUACCCGUUACUGGCUACAAAACCACCCCCCUAUCCAGGGGGCUGCACGAUAUUGGAAAAAACUGACACUGCGAUACUUUUUCCCCCUGCGAUAUAUAUAUAUAUAUAUAUAUAUAUAUAUAUAUAUAUAUAUAUUGCGAUAUGAAAAAAUACAGGAAUUGAAGAGAGACCGUUUUGUUUGUCCGCAAACUAUCCUUUCUUGAACUUUAAUGCUAUACAAUUGGUAUUUUUCGAACUAUAUUUAACCGAAUGAAGGAUUUUAGUCACGGACGUCUGUAUCUUAAGUUAUCAGAGCAACAAGGUGAGCUAGCUCGGUUAGCAGCGCCGAACUGCCCUGGAGAAACACAUGAAACUACUUUAUUCUGUGUUUUUACCUUUAAUCAUCGGGUCCGUUUGCUUUGGAGAUUUGAUUGUGAUUGGUGGUUUGCUGUCACUCACUCAAGUACCCCUGACAUGAGAGCCGCGCCAGUUUUCCUUUUGUAGCAAGCAGCAAAAGAAUUGUAACUCGACGUGUUUGAGUUCAUUUGCCUACUUAAUAUCGCACGUGCAUGCGCAUAUCGCGAUUAUCGUCACAACACGAUAUGUCGUGCAGCCCUACCGUUCGCAGCAUCGAUCCAGGCCCCAGCACUCGCUGAUCCCCGGACCGAGAACAAAAACACUCAACAUUACGAAAGGCCGCAUGGAAGUACAGCCCAGUAAGGCAGGCCUAGCGGUACCCAUCCUCACAGCACAGAUCCAGUCACUAGACAAACAGGUACAGACCAUAACAGAAAUGCUGACCAAACAAUUUAAAAAGGAAGAACGCCAGACAGAAUCUCGCCUACUCGAACCAAGUCUGAACAAUACGAGACGCGAACAACGACAGGCAGACGUCCUGAAUUCCCCCAGCCUAGAAGAAUUAAGUUAAAAGGCCCAGACCAAAAUGUAACCAUAACACCCCGAUUGAAUGUGACCAGACCCCAAUCUAAAUCGAACAAGGCGAUGGAUGAGCUUUCCCAAAAAGACAGGCAAACCGCCCCAGAAGGGUCUGUAACCAGAGCCCUAGCUGGGUUAACUUCCCUCAGUGUAGAACUGGCCGAGAAUGCAGGAGUAGGCAAAAUGUUUGGAGAUAUGUGGGAAAAUACUUUGGGAAGUGGAAAACACUGGUAAUGUCAGUUUGCGUUUCAUUGACCCUAGGGAUAGUCAUAUUAGUGAUGUGUGGAUGUUGUUGCAUCCCUUGUAUCCGCACCCUGACUGAGAGAUUAAUAACCACAGCCCUGGCCAAACAAACUGAAUCUGAUGUCCCGCCCCCUUAUCAAAUGCCCUUGUUGGCAGAGAACGAUGAUAGUGAACCAGAGGAAGAUUUAUAAUCUCUGGACCCACAACAAGUACCCCUGGAGUAAUCUCCCUCACCAACCUACCCCCAGGGGCUCUGGCCCGACUCCAAAACCCCCUCAACGAUUAUUUGGAGUACUAGAAGACUCAUCUUAAAAUUAGGUUCUAGGGAAUAAAAGAGAGGGACAAUAAAAGGUACAAUUGAAACCCUGCAGGUUAGAGUCAGCCUCAGUCCCUUAGAAUUCAAAAUAGUCACUACACUGAAAAUAUAGUAUGGAAAGUAUUGUUCACCCCUUAAAAGGUGUGAAAGGAGGGACAUUUUCAUACUAUAAAUGAUUAGGCAUGGCACUGUGAAGUCAAGAGCACUACCAGAAAACUAUAACUCUGCUUUUACACUUUUAUAUACAUUUAUACGUUUAUACUUUUAUAUUUUACAUUUAUUCACAGUGUCACAGAUUAUGCAUUUCAUAAUCCAUCACGUGCAAAUAUUAAAUUACGUGAAAGGAGGGAUUGAAGAAUAUUAUUGCUUGCUCAUAAAGAAAUGUUUAUGAAUAAUGUGCUACCAGAAGGUCUGAAACUAUGAAGAGAAGUGAGCUUCAUGACAGUGUUAAUGGUGAGCACAACAUAAGGAAGGAUCUGCAUUUCUGCUACUUUUUUUAGAUUUAUUUGCUGAGGUUCAGGAGAGGGCACCGUGCCAGGCACGAGCAGUUCAGAGCUUAGCACGUGACAGGAGAAACAGACAGUCAGUGUAGUGUAGGGCCAUGAUGACCGUGGGAAGAAGACUGGACCUGGGCGAAGCCAAGAGGCGUAGGCUCGCCUGUACUCCAAUCAACAAUCGACAGCACCUCACUCAGAAAUACACAUAUCCAAUCAUAAUAUGACACCUUUAUUCUGUAAUAAGUAUAUGAAAUGUGUUUUGCCAGUUUCCGGGGCUCUGGAAGGAAAUGUUAGACAGUUAACUGCUUGGAGUGAAAACUGCUCGCGGCCUGUGGAACACUGAUCUCCAGAAACCUCAGCUGAGCUUUUGUAUUCCUUAUCACAACUGAAAUAAAUCAGUUUUAUUAUAACCUGA